GAAAAAGCAUGUGCCAUAGUGAUUCCUACAUUACAGAAACAAUACUUUGCACUACGCACGGCACACGCUGACAAACUUGCUGACUUGAACAAAAGGCCGUCGUCUGCUUUGCCGUCGAGAAAAGAAAUAGUCGAUGCCCUGAAGAGUGGAGAAGAAUAUGACGUCUUAGUUAUCGGUGGAGGAGCCACUGGCGCUGGUGUCGCCCUGGACUCUCAAACUCGAGGUUUGAAAACUGCUUUGGUAGAAUUGGACGAUUUUUCGUCGGGCACCUCAUCAAGGAGUACAAAACUUAUCCAUGGAGGUGUACGAUAUUUGCAGGCAGCCAUUAUGAAGGCAGAUUAUGAGCAGUACCGGAUGGUUAAGGAAGCUUUAUUUGAACGAGCUAACUUGCUAGAAAUUGCACCUCAUCUCAGUGGACCGCUACCUAUUAUGCUACCUAUAUAUAAGUUGUGGCAGGUUCCUUACUACUGGUUUGGUAUUAAGUGUUAUGAUUUGGUAUCUGGUCGGCGAGUGCUGAAAAACUCCUUUUUCAUUGGUAAAGCAAAUGCGAUGGAGAGGUUUCCCAUGUUGAAGAGCGAGUCACUCAAGGGAGCAUUGAUAUACUACGAUGGUACACACAAUGAUGCCCGUAUGAAUUUAGCGAUAGUAUUGACCGCUAUAAGGCAUGGAGCCAAGUGCGCAAACCAUGUCAGAGUCGAGCGCUUACUUAAAGAUGCUAAUGGUAAGAUAUGUGGAGCCCAUGUGAAAGAUAUGAUGUCCAAUAAUGAAUGGGAUAUCAAAGCUAAAGCAGUCAUCAAUGCAACGGGACCACUAACGGACACGAUUCGAGUGAUGGCUGAUGCAAAGACGAAACCGAUUUGCGCCCCGAGUUCCGGUGUACACAUUGUGCUACCUGGCUAUUACAGUCCAUCGAGCACUGGUCUCCUGGAUCCGGAUACGUCAGAUGGCCGUGUAAUUUUCUUUUUACCUUGGGAACGUAUGACUAUUGCUGGAACAACAGACACGCCUUCAGAAGUUACACUAUCUCCCAUACCCACGGAUGCUGAUAUCGAAUUUAUACUAAAGGAGAUCCGUGGAUACCUGUCCAAAAGCGUGUCUAUUCGACGUGGUGAUGUAAUGAGUGCAUGGUCAGGAUUACGACCACUUGUACGUGACCCGAACAAGAAGGAUACGAAAAGCAUAGCCAGAAAUCACAUCAUUGAAGUUUCGGAUUCUGGUUUGAUCACGAUAGCGGGUGGAAAGUGGACAACUUACAGGCACAUGGCUGAAGAGGCAAUGGACGCCUGUAUCAAGGCACACAACUUAAAACCAACGAACGGUUGCAUUACUGCUGGUUUGAUGUUGGAAGGUGGACAUGAAUACGACCCCCUAAUGUACAUCCAUCUAGUACAGGAUUACGGUCUUGAAGUUGAUGUAGCACAACAUUUGGCCCACACGUAUGGUGAUCGAGCUUUCGUUGUGGCACGAAUGUGCAAGAUGACUGGCAAGCGAUGGCCAAUCAUCGGUACUCGUCUACAUCAGGAAUUCCCGUACUUGGAUGCUGAAGUACGAUAUGCCGUACGUGAGUAUGCCUGCACAGCUAUCGAUGUGAUUGCAAGGCGAACACGGCUUGCAUUCUUAAACACACAUGCCGCCCAUGAAGUUCUUCCUGAUGUAGUGCGUAUCAUGGCUGAGGAGCUCGGGUGGUCAUCAGCAGAACAACGAGCUCAACUGGAGAGAGCACGUCAGUUCAUCGACGUCGAGAUGGGUCAACUCGCCAAACAGAACGCCGCCAGCAACGUCUCACUCAAUCUCACCAAAGAGGAAAUGCAGGCUGCCAAAGAUCGCUUUAACAGUCUGGACAGGGACAAAAAGGGACACAUCACUGUCAACGACCUCAGGCGUCACUUUAGAGAACAUAAUCAAAAGAUUGAUGAACGAGUGCUGCACGAGUUACUGAAUGAAGUCGAUUUGAACAAGAACGGUGAAAUCGAGAUUGCUGAGUUCUUCCAGUUGUACUCUGGACUGAAAGGUGGACAGAUCAGUGCCAACCGUUUGGUUCUGUAUUUGGACGAGAUGCAUGGAACGCCAGGCGUGAAUCGAUCUGGAGGCGGUGUCUAA